AUGAACCGUAACCGGGAUACGCUGGCGGACGAGAACAAGACGCGGGGGCCGCAGUUCUCACUGAAGAAGCGCGCGGCGAUUGCUGUGUGUCUCUCUCUAUGUAGCAUAGCGAUGUUUGUCUUGUUGGCGACGCCAGAGCUGCCGUACAAGACGCUGGAGACGAGGCGCGUCGUCACUAUCCGCGACAGACUGAGUCCAUUGGCUACUGAGGGAAGUGGAUUCAGGCUCACAACGUACCCCCAGUUACUUGAAGAUGGCGAAGAACUGGUUGUGUCUUGGAAGGGUGAAGAAGCUGUGGAGCUGACGAGUCAAGACUAUGUGACGUUGAGCUGUGGUCCGACGACGGGGGACGAAGAUUACUUGAUGAAAAGGCGCCCGAGUGAGAGCAACGAGACCGACCACUCCGUCCGGUUCUCGGGGCUCUAUAUGCUUCGCUGCAACUACACGGCUAUUUAUUACAAUUAUGACGAGAAGAACGACUCGUUUUGGGCCCUUGCAAAGGUGGAGGUUGGGAUGGCAGAGCCAUUUGAGACACCAAAGCACGGCCACUUGAGUCUUACGGAUGAUGAGACGGCAAUGGCGAUUUUGUUCAACUCUGGGACUUCGGACACGCCCAUGGUCAAGUAUGGAGAGGAAUUGCAGGAUCUUGUGUUCGAUGCAACGGGGACGUCGACGACCUACAGCGCUGACGACAUGUGUCACGCCCCUGCGAACACGACUGGACAACUUGCUUUUCGUGACCCUGGCUACAUGCACACGGUGAUCAUGACAAAUUUGAAGCCGGAUACGUACUACUACUAUCAGUACGGCCACGAGAAGCACAGCUUGAGUCGUGUGAAGCAAUUCAAGUCGCGGCCUCGGAGAGACUCGAAGUAUGCUAAGUUUAUCGCGUACGCAGACAUGGGUGCGUAUUCUGCGCCUGGUUCAGCGUCAACUGCUAGCAGAGUUUACGAGGAUGUGGUGGGAAGAGGAUAUGAUUCGUUUUUGCUGCACUUUGGCGAUAUCAGUUAUGCUCGAUCGGUUGGCUACAUUUGGGAUCAAUUCUUCCAUAUGAUCGAGCCCUACGCAACCAGAGUGCCAUACAUGGUGGGCAUUGGAAACCAUGAAUAUGACUACGUUACAGGCGGAGAGCGAGACCUGAGCGGAGGCAUGCUGCCGUAUGGAGGUAGCUUUAACCCGUCGUGGGGAAACUUUGGUGUCGAUUCGGCAGGCGAGUGUGGGGUCCCAAUGCACCAUCGGUGGCACGCUCCGAAGACGGGUAACUGGAUUUAUUGGUACAGCUUCAAUUAUGGAGGUAUUCAUGUGAUCCAAAUGUCGACCGAGCACAACUGGACUCGAGGAUCAGAGCAAUAUGAAUGGCUCCAGCACGACCUGGAGCUUGUGGAUCGUAGUGUCACCCCAUGGGUAGUGCUAACAGCGCAUCGUAUGAUGUACACAACGCAGACGGACAUUGAGUCCGAUAUGAAUGUAUCCUAUGCAUUUCAAGAUGAAGUUGAAGACCUGAUCUACAAGCACGGUGUUAACCUGAUGAUGGUUGGCCAUGAACAUUCCUACGAGCGUAGUUGCCCUCUGUAUCGCAAAAAGUGUGUGGAUGACGGAAAAGGCACGAUACACGUCGUCAUAGGCAAUGCGGGAUUCCCCUUGGGACAGGAAGGUUUUUCCUCGAAGUAUGGGAAUUGGAGUCUUCGUCACGUAAAUGCGUAUGGGUAUCUUCGCAUCUCUUCGAGCCCGAGCAACAUGCAUGCUCAGUUUGUGCUAAACGAGAACGGCAACGUAUACGAUGAGUUUAUUGUCGCGCCAUGGGGUGGAUCGCAGGAGAUCGAUACUUGA